AUGUUCGAGUUAUUAGAAGAGCAACUCGUGCGGUCAAGCGACACAUCCUUCCACUACACGCAUUAUCGAGAUGUUCCAAGUCUUUUGCCGACGUCCAAGCUGCCUCUUAUGAAACCAUGUCCUAGAAGGGAGUAUUUGGAUAAACAUAAUUUAUUUACCACCGACUUGUUAAGUUUCUUCGGAAUUUAUAUACACACGCCUACUGGGCUUCUCAUAUGUGCUUGUAAGGACAAGAAGUCGUUUGCCUUAAGACUCGACCGAUAUGAGCUUCAGGAUGUCAUAAACCGAUCCGAAAGAAACGCUCUCCUGUUGUCCAGCAAGCAGAGGGAAGGAGUACAUUAUAUCAAUUAUACCAAUCGGCCAGGGUUCAAAUUCAGCAGGCCGCACGUUGUGGUAUGGUCUGAUUUGCAGGAGGAAAUCACCCUGGAAUGCUCGAAAAGAGGAUUCAAAGUUGUCUACGAGGUAUCAACAGCCGACUUCAAGAACAUCUUUCCGUUGUUGCCUGUUUACCUAGGAAUCCGAGAGAAGGGCGCAGAUCGCGCUUUGGACCUGUCUCAAAGCGAGUAUGUUCAGUAUCUGACAGACGGUGAACAUAAAAUCAUUCUGUUUCAGCGACUCUACUCGGUGCAAGAACGAGUGACUUUCCAGCUGGAUGGCUUGUUGCCCAAUGUAUCCAAUGCUGUCACGGACUACGUGGAGACUAAACACCAAGGUGACGUUGCCACCUUUAUCAUCGAGUGGUAUCGACUGCAGCUGAAUAAGAACGUCAACUAUGAAGACGACGAGCCGCAAGAAGCAAGAUCCGACUUGGCUGACUUCUACGGGAUCUUCCCGGAGGUUCUUGGGGACAGUUCAACGGAGGCCAAAGAGAACGCCGUCAACUCAGAGGACGAAAUUGAAAUCACUCGCGUGCAACUUUCCAGUGAUGACCGGGUAAGCAAAAGUGAUUAA